AUGACGGUGGGCAAGAGCAGCAAGAUGCUGCAGCACAUCGACUACCGCAUGCGCUGCAUCCUGCAGGACGGCCGCACCUUCAUCGGCACCUUCAAGGCCUUCGACAAGCACAUGAACCUGAUCCUGUGCGACUGCGACGAGUUCCGCAAGAUCAAGCCCAAGAACGCCAAGCAGCCCGAGCGAGAAGAGAAGCGGGUGCUGGGCCUCGUGCUGCUGCGCGGGGAGAAUCUGGUGUCCAUGACGGUGGAGGGACCUCCCCCCAAAGACACUGGCAUCGCUCGCGUCCCCCUGGCCGGGGCUGCAGGAGGCCCUGGGGUUGGCAGGGCAGCUGGCAGAGGUGUACCUGCAGGCGUUCCAAUUCCACAGGCUCCUGCGGGAUUAGCAGGCCCUGUCCGAGGGGUUGGGGGACCCUCCCAGCAGGUGAUGACUCCACAGGGACGAGGCACCGUUGCAGCUGCUGCAGUGGCAGCCACGGCCAGCAUUGCUGGCGCCCCGACUCAGUACCCCCCAGGGCGGGGGACGCCCCCCACCCCUGUAGGCCGGGCAACCCCCCCUCCAGGCAUUAUGGCUCCUCCACCAGGAAUGAGACCACCCAUGGGCCCACCCAUUGGGCUGCCCCCUACUCGAGGGACCCCGAUCGGCAUGCCGCCUCCAGGAAUGAGGCCCCCGCCCCCCGGGAUCAGAGGUCCACCUCCCCCAGGAAUGCGUCCACCAAGACCCUAA